AUCUUUGACUGUCGUCUUUAUCCAGCCCUCGUAAGGGAAACGUGCUCGUGGUUCGCUCUGACGAAAUUUUCGACUCAAUAGCGGUGCAUUUUGCAGCUGUUUUAUUUGAUAAUUAGUGCAAGUGUAAAACAAAAAAAGUAAAAUACGAAAAUGUUGCGCGUACCCAAGCUUAUACCACGCCUAUCGCGCCAGGUCAGCCUCGCAGCCCCAGCGCAUAUGUCGGCAGCUUCUAGCAUAUUCCGCAAUAUUCCUGGAGUUUUCAAUGGAUUGUCGGGCCAGAUGCGUUACAAAUCUGGCGAAGUUAAAGGAGCAGUUAUUGGUAUCGAUUUGGGUACCACCAACUCCUGCGUGGCCGUUAUGGAGGGCAAGCAGGCGAAGGUGAUUGAGAAUGCGGAGGGCGCUCGCACAACGCCCUCACACGUUGCGUUUACCAAGGAUGGCGAACGUUUGGUUGGUAUGCCGGCCAAGCGUCAGGCAGUCACAAAUUCAGCCAACACUUUCUAUGCCACAAAACGUCUGAUCGGACGCCGCUUCGAUGAUCCUGAGGUUAAGAAGGAUAUUACAAAUUUGUCCUACAAAGUGGUUAAGGCUUCUAAUGGCGAUGCCUGGGUAUCGGCGACAGAUGGCAAAGUUUACUCGCCCUCGCAAAUUGGUGCCUUUAUUCUAAUGAAGAUGAAGGAGACCGCCGAGGCGUACCUCAACACACCAGUCAAGAAUGCCGUGGUCACGGUGCCCGCUUACUUCAACGACUCACAGCGUCAGGCUACAAAGGAUGCUGGUCAAAUCGCUGGCUUGAAUGUCCUGCGUGUGAUCAACGAGCCAACAGCAGCGGCGCUAGCCUAUGGUAUGGAUAAAACCGAGGAUAAAAUUAUUGCUGUAUAUGAUUUGGGCGGCGGUACCUUUGAUAUUUCCAUUUUGGAAAUCCAGAAGGGCGUCUUUGAAGUAAAGUCCACUAAUGGUGACACUCUGCUGGGCGGAGAGGAUUUCGAUAAUGCCAUUGUCAACUUCUUGGUGGCCGAAUUCAAGAAGGAUAGCGGCAUUGAUAUCCGCAAGGACAAUAUUGCCAUGCAACGCCUGAAAGAGGCUGCAGAGAAAGCUAAGUGCGAGCUGUCGUCCUCCCAACAGACCGACAUCAAUUUGCCAUAUCUGACCAUGGAUGCUGCGGGACCCCAGCACAUGAAUCUGAAAAUGACUCGCUCCAAGCUGGAGAGUCUGGUCGGCGAUCUGAUCAAGCGCACCAUUCAGCCUUGCCAGAAGGCAUUGUCUGAUGCCGAGGUAUCCAAGUCUGAAAUCGGCGAAGUUUUGCUGGUCGGCGGUAUGACGCGUAUGCCCAAGGUGCAGUCCACAGUGCAGGAGCUAUUCGGACGCCAGCCUUCGCGUUCAGUCAAUCCCGAUGAGGCUGUUGCCGUCGGUGCCGCUGUCCAGGGCGGUGUCUUGGCUGGCGAUGUCACUGAUGUGCUUUUACUCGAUGUCACUCCCCUGUCGCUGGGUAUUGAGACAUUGGGAGGUGUCUUCACACGUCUGAUCUCUCGCAAUACGACCAUUCCCACCAAGAAGUCGCAGGUGUUCUCAACGGCCAGCGAUGGCCAGACUCAGGUGGAGAUUAAGGUACACCAGGGCGAGCGUGAGAUGGCCAACGACAACAAAUUGCUGGGAUCCUUCACUCUGGUUGGCAUUCCACCAGCGCCUCGCGGCGUGCCCCAAAUUGAGGUGGUCUUCGAUAUUGACGCCAACGGAAUUGUCCAUGUGUCGGCCAAGGACAAGGGUACCGGCAAGGAGCAACAGAUUGUGAUCCAGUCAAGCGGUGGUCUGAGCAAGGAUGAGAUCGAGAACAUGAUUAAGAAGGCUGAGGAAUACGCAUCUGCUGACAAGAAGAAGCGUGAACUGAUUGAAAUCGUUAACCAGGGCGAGAGUAUUGUGCACGACACAGAGACCAAAAUGGAAGAAUUCAAGAGCCAGCUGCCCGCUGAAGAAUGCGAAAAAAUGAAGAAGGAAAUUGCUGAUCUGCGCACUCUGCUGGCCAACAAGGAGACCGCUGAUCCAGAGGAGGUUAGGAAAGCCACCACUCAACUGCAGCAGUCCUCAUUGAAGCUCUUCGAGAUGGCAUACAAGAAGAUGUCCGCCGAACGCGAGAGCAGCUCAGGCGGCGCCGCCUCUGGCACCAGCAGCAGUUCGGCCGACUCUUCCGGCGACGCCAAGAAGGAGGAGAAGAACUAAAUUAGGCAACCAUAGUCGUAGUCGUUGUUCUCUUAUUUCAUAAUAAUCACAUUUGGAUUCGGAUUAAGUUGUACGUUAAACAAAACAAAGCCCAUCAUAUUCCUGAUUCUUCUAAAUCAUAUAAAAUGAUCCCGAUCAUUCAUAAGCAAAUAGCAUUUACCCAAAUUGUGUAGUAAUACGCGUGAACAUUAACAACCUACGAGAUGCAAACACCAACGACAUACGAUCACAACUCAGUCAAAUUCAGUUGCAUUAAGUUUUUAUUGUUUAUAAUGCACUACUCAAUGUCUGGAUCGAAAUCAAUUGUAAAUCUGUGGGGUGACGGAGAGUUGUGUUGUUUGUGUGCCUACUGUAAGAUUUUCCUUACUUUUACCUUACGUUUAUUUUAAACUAGUUGUAGUUGUACAAUAACGAGCACAGCAGCACAAGCCCAAAUCCUACAGAGUCCUACAUGAGAUAAAAUGUCACUCGUUGGCAGAUCGAAUGUUAUAAUUUAAGCAAAAUUUGUCUUUGGUUUCCAGUGGAUAACCAAAAAUAAAAUGAAUUGACUGGGUAAAAUGCAA